UCGGGAUUUGGUAGGGGACAUGUAGCAUCUGCGUCUGAAAUUUGGCAGUGUGAUUCCUGACGUGAGGGUGAGUACACGUGCGCCGCCCUACCGUCCUCAGCUCCUGUGACCUGACCCGGCUGACCUCUCGAUGACCUGACCUUCCCGGGGUUGAGGCAGGGCUGGGAGGGGGUGAAUGAAGAGUUCGUGUGCUUUGUGGGUUUUGAAAAGCUUGGGUUAGAGGCUCGAAACGAAGGUACACAUAGACGCACACAGGAUAACGAAUGGUGUACAUGAGCGCUUGGUGUUGUGUGCGUUUCCCCGUGUGUACGUCACCUCUGUGGAUGCCAAGAUUACAGUCCGUGUGAGGGUGGUCGCUGGCGAGGAUGUCUGUGUGUUCUCCGACGCCUUCCCUUGAGAGCCUGUCCGGGACGCCCCUCGGCUCCCUAAUCGACUCGGAUCCUCCACGCUCGCUUGAGAACUCACCUCCGGCUUCCACCACAGGGUCGGUGGUGGGGCGCAGCUCCCCUGUGGCCACGGUGUGCGGGAUAUGCAACGACACCUUCGUGCUGCCCCGUGUGUUGUCCUGCCUGCACGUGUUCUGCCUGGGGUGCCUGGAGAAGGUGUGCGACGGUGGUGACCGCCUGGUGUGCCCGCAGUGCCAGGCCGUGACCUCCGCCCCGCCGCCGCUGCUGCUGCCGGACUACGCCCUGCACCGGCUGCUGGAGGCGCCCGUGGAUGAGCCGGCCUCCUGCACCGCCUGCAAGAGUCGGGACGUUGCGGCGGCCGUGGCGCGCUGCCUGGACUGUGCCAAGCUGCUGUGCCCCCACUGUGUCAUGGCCCACCAGUACAUGCACUGCUUCGAGGGCCACCGCGUGGUGACCCUGGCCGAGCUGGCCCAGCGCGACGAGCGGCCCGUGACCUGCAUCAGGCACAAGGGUGAGCCGCUCAAAUACUUCUGCGUGACCUGCAGCGCGCCCAUCUGCGUGGACUGCACCCUGCUGGACCACCCCAAGGGCCUACACGAGCACGAGGCGCUGCACGACGCGGCGCCGCGGCACCUGGACCAGAUCUGCCACGCCAUGGAGGGCGGCCGCUCCCGGGCCGCCGACCUGCGGUCCUGCGUGAAGGCGGUGGAGGGGUCCAGCGGGCGGCUGCAGCAGCAGUACGAGAAGGCCCAGGCGGAGAUCCAGGACACCUUCGCCUUCUACAGCACGGUGGUGGAGGAGCGCAAGAGUGAGCUGCUGCGUGAGCUGGACUCGCUGUACCACGCCAAGCAGGUCAGCCUCAGCGUGUUCGCCCAGAAGGCGCAGGAGUGCGUGGACAAGCUGCUCUCCACCUGCGACUUCGUGGACAAGAUGCGGCGCUACGCCAACACCACGGAGGUGCUCAUGUUCCGCAAGCUCAUCGAGGGCAAGCUGGCGGAGCAGAUGGGCAAGAACUUUGACCUGGGCAUGCAGAACGUCAGCGACCUGGAGUUUGUCUCCAACUACCCGGCCAUCCAGGUGGGCGUGCGGAACACCUUCGGGUACAUCCGCUCGUCCUCGGACAUCCAGGUGGGCCCCGCCAAGCUGCCGCCCAUCGCCCGGCCCUCCGCCGCGGCCGCUGCCGCCGCCUCCGUCAGCAGCAUGAACAGCAUCAACACCUGCCUCAACGGCCUCUCCGGCCUCACCACGCUGGCCAACGGCAACGCCGCCGUGGCCGGCACCAAUGGCGGCCUGGCCCCCGGCGGCCACCCAGCUGUCACCAAUGCACAGGUCACCAACGGCAUGGCGGGCGGCCUGGGUGGCGGCCUGGGCACGGGCCUGGCUGGCGGCCUCACCAACGGCCUGGCCAACGGGUUCUCCGGGCUGGGCGGCGGCGGCGUCAACGGCAACCUGAAUGGCGUGCUGGAGCGGCCGUACAACAACACCCAGCUCUCCGCGCUGCUGUCCAAGCGCUUCAGCAGCCACGCCCUCGGCCCCUUCUCCACCUCCCUCGGCGACCUCAACAUGAACGGCCUCACCUCCUACGAGAAAUGGAGCUGUGGUGGCGGCGAGGGCGGCGGCGUCUUCAGCGGCGGCGGGGAGGGCGGUGGUGGUGGCGGGGGCGGCGGUGGGGGGGUGGGCGGCGCGCCGGACCCCGUGCUGCAUGACCUGUCCCACAAGCUGCUGUCGUGCUCCAUCUUCCCGCCGCGCUCACAGAUCAAGCGUCAGAAGAUGAUCUACCACUGCAAGUUUGGAGAGUUUGGCGUGCUGGAGGGACAGUUCACCGAGCCCAGCGGCGUGGCCGUCAAUGCCCAGAACGACAUCAUCGUGGCCGACACCAACAACCACCGCAUCCAGAUCUUCGACAAGGAGGGACGCUUCAAGUUCCAGUUCGGGGAGUGCGGGAAACGCGACGGCCAGCUCCUGUACCCCAACCGCGUGGCCGUGGUGCGCACCAGCGGCGACAUCAUCGUGACGGAGCGCUCCCCCACGCACCAGAUACAGAUAUACAACCAGUACGGACAGUUCGUGCGCAAGUUUGGGGCCAACACGCUCUGCUACCCGCGGGGCGUCACCGUGGACCACAAGGGCCGCAUCAUCGUGGUGGAGUGCAAGGUGAUGCGCGUCAUAAUCUUUGACCAGUACGGCACCGUCCUGCACCAGUUCAACUGCCCCAACCACCUCGAGUUCCCCAACGGCGUGGUGGUCAACGACAAGCAGGAAAUAUUCAUCUCAGACAACCGAGCCCACUGUGUCAAGGUGUUCAACUACGAGGGUCAGUACCUUCGUCAGAUCGGCGGCGAGGGCGUGACCAACUACCCGAUCGGCGUGGGCAUCAACAGCCAGGGCGAGGUGCUGAUCGCCGACAACCACAACAACUUCAACCUGACGCUGUUCACCCAGGAGGGCCAGCUGGUGUCCGCCUACGAGUCCAAGGUGAAGCACGCGCAGUGUUUCGACGUGGCGCUGAUGGACGACGGCUCCGUGGUCCUGGCAAGCAAGGACUACCGUUUGUAUGUCUACCGAUAUCUCCAGGUCCCACCACCCCAUAUGUGAGCUGCCGCCCCGCCCCAGUUGACCCGAUGCCCCGCCCAGUACCCCCCCCUGCCCCCCCCAAGCUACCCUCGUUGUCGCCGUUUCUUCAUAUAGUCUAUUUUUACUACAUGGUUGCAGUUAUUUGUACGCCCUGCCCCGUGCCCCUGCCCCCUCCCCAUGCCACCCUCUCGGAGCGGCCCCGUUCGCCCCACUAGUCAGGUGCGCCCCGUUGCUCUCGGUCUGGGUCUCGGGCGCACCCCCCACAAUCCUCACACACACCAAGUCGAAGAAACUUUUAUUUAUUUUUUAGCGCCAUUUUUUUUUUGUUGCGAUGUUUCUCAUUUUUAUUUUUCUCUCAUCAUCCGCCGCCGCCGCUGCUGCGUUUGUUUUUUUCUCUUUCCCUUUUGUUUGUUUGUUUGUUUGCGCCCACUCUUGCUCUGCCCCCCCUGACCCCCCCUCCCCCAUCUCACCCCCCCUCCCUCCCCCACACACAGUCAUGUACAUAAGUUAUUUUGCCGAACGUUUUUUUUUUUUUUAAGUUUAUCGCAAAAUUCUCUAUUUGUUGCUCUACGAAUUGUUUUAAGUUGUGCCAUGAUGGGCGGUGGCGGCUGGCUGUCGGCGGCGGCUCACGGCGGCCGUCGACACCGCCGCCACCCGCCACUCACUCACUCACUCACUCACUCACUCACGCGCUCGAGAAAGGAUCAUUGUUUGGGUUUGUUCGUUCCGUUUAUAUUCUCCUAUUUAUGUCACGUAACUUAUUGAACCAAUGUUGAGAUUAGGGCGGCCGGGAGCGAGGGAGUGCGGGCGGCUGGCGUCGGCGCCCCGGCCAGCUCCCGCCCACUAUCGCCCACGAGCCUAACUCCAGCGCCCCGCCUCCCCGCCCGCCGCCGCCCCGUAGCGUAGUGUAAGGGCGCGAUCGGAUGUGUUGCGCGCUUAUUGUUUAUUGCAUUUGUUAGCCUAAGAAACCAGUGCAUGCGAGCUUGUGUCGGGCGGCUUGGCGGAGACCAGCCGCCCCCCCAAGAGGUUUUUAUUACAAUUAUUAUUACGAUUAUGACUACUAUUACUACUACUACUACUACUACUACUGCUACACUUAUAAGGAUAGUCCGAAGCUGGAGUUGUGGGAAUAAUUACUGUGUCGGAAUUUGCUACUACUACUACUACUAUUUCUACUACUAUUACUACUUCUACUACAAGAGACAGAGCAAAAAAAGAAAAGAAAGGAAGGGAUGUGUCGCUCUUUCUUCCGCUUUCUCUCUCUCUUCUCUCUCCUUCCCUGUUAGUGUGUGCGUGCGUGCGUGCGUGCCAGACACCUUAUGUAAAUGGUGGGUGGUGGCCUGUUUGUUCGUUUGUUUGUUUGUUCCGCUGAGAGGCCCAUCGCGCUUGACUGUUAGCUAGGUGGUUAUCAAAGGAAAGAAAAAAAAAAAAGAAAAAAUCGGAGGAGAAAUUUUACGGCCGAAAUCACUUGUUAAUGUUUUCUCACUAACCACCACCACCACCACCACCACCACUACCACUAUCCCUACUGCUACUACUACUAUUACUACUACUGGAUAUGAUGUUGUAGGUUUAUAUCAAAAUUAGACUCACUGUUUUUGUGUCUAUCUACAUACGAUGAGCUCGGAAAUCCAUGACUCUCGACCUGUGAAGUGCUUGUGUGUGUGUGGAGAUAGUUUGUGUCUGUGCCGGAAAGCAGAUGGACGGAUGCUCGGAUGGACCUCAGAGUGACGAAGAAAGGAAAGGAACGGAAAGGGAGUGGACGGAAGGAAAGGAAAGGAAAGGAAGUGUUUGAAGGACUAGGAAAAGGGAAUGGACAGAAGAAAAGAAAGGAAAGGAAAGGAAAGGAAAGGAAGUGUUUGAAGGACUAGGAAGAAAGGAAAGGAAAGGAAAGGAAGUGUUUGAAGGACUAGAAAAAAGAGUGAACAAAAGGAAGGAAAGUAAAGGAAAUAAACAAAACAAAACAAAAGAAGGAAAGGAAAGGGAGUGAUUGAAGGACCAGGAAAGGGAACGAACAGAAUAAAGGAACACAUCAGAGCGGAAACGGAAACAUAGAUAGUCGGAACGGAAGGGAGAGAAAGGAAAAACUAGCAAGAAAUGAAACUACGGAGACAGAGAGAAGGAAAAAACAGGACAUGAAACAAACGAAAACUAGCAAAAAAACGGAGAAGGGAAAAACGGAUCAAGAGGAAAACGGAUAGAAACGGAGAUUAAGGAAAUGAAAACAAGGAAAAAAAACAAUAAACAGGAAAACACUAGUUCGUCACCCAAUACAUGACAAUCAAAGAAAACGGACAACGGAGGAGGAGGAGGAGGAGGCGAAAGAAGCGUAAACAUUGAAAACAAAGACCGACACCACAAGAAGAAGAAGAAGAAGCACACACACACAUACACACACACACACACACACACACACGAGCGAUUAUGAUGUUUUUGUACACGGCUGUAACACACACACACACAUAUGACCUUAGGGGGCCAAAUUUAAUAGCAGGUGAUAAUUAUAUUGUAACUAACCCUUUCUAUCAUUAUAUAUUGCUAGUCAUCGCCACCAUGUCCCCUAUACGAUGCUUACCGGGGUAGGGGUCGGGGGUCAGCCUGGCGGUCACCCAUCCCGUCCGCUCGCUCGCUCUCUCUUCGGUGAAUCGCGGAACUUGCCGUCAAAUUUCACUUUAUUUUAUUUGAUUUCCGAUUUUUUUGGUUUGUUUCACGAGUUUAUUGUUUUUUUUUUGCGAGGGUUUCGUUUCUCUUAUUGGCAACUCAACCUCUUUUUUUUUAUUAAUUAACUUUGGGGUCGUUGUUGCUCCUCGUAAUUGCUAAUAUUAACGCUAACUUAACUUUGAUGUACAUUAGGCUAUUGUUUUUAUCUCUCAAGUUCCUUCUCUCAUUACAAACUCAACCUCUAUGUUAUUAUUUACGAGGUUGUUUCAUAAGGAUAUUGUAUUUCCUUCUCACGGAACGAAUUGCAAACUUAACCUCAUUUUACUUUAAUUUAUAGAAGGUUAUUAUAUCGCAGUUUAAAUAAUUCUUCAUCUUUUUCUAUAUAAUAACCAAUUUGGAAGAGAAGGUGAGGUUCAGAGGAGCAGAGAUGGCUAACCUAACCUCACUUUACACUAUACAAGGUUAUUAUAUCACAGUUUAAAUAAUUCUUCAUCUUUUUCUAUAUAAUAACCAAUUUGGAAGAGAAGGUGAGGUUCAGAGGAGCAGAGAUGGCUAACCUAACCUCACUUUACACUAUACAAGGUUCAUUUCCCACGGUUAAAUUCUCUUUCAUAUCAUAUUAAGAAGAGAAGGUUAGGUUUAGGAGAAGAGAGAUACCAAACUGUUCACUUUACACUAAUUUAUACAAGGUUCAUUUGCCACAGUUAAACUCUCUCUCACAUCAUACUAAGAAGAGAAGGUUAGGUUUAGGAGAAGAGAGAUACCAAACUGUUCACUUUUCACUAAUUUAUACAAGGUUCAUUUGCCACAGUUAAACUCUCAUAUCAUAUUAAGAAAAGAAGGUUAGGUUUAGGGGAAGAGAGAUACCAAACUGUUCACUUUUCACUAAUUUAUACAAGGUUCAUUUGCCACAGUUAAACUCUCUCUCAUAUCAUAUUAAGAAGAGAAGGUUAGGUUUAGGAGAAGAGAGAUACCAAACUGUCCACUUUUCACUAAUUUAUACAAGGUUCAUUUGCCACAGUUAAACUCCCU